GUCUACCAAUCCCCACGCAAUUCCUAUGGGCUCUUCAAAAAAGGCAAAACUGACGUCUAAGGACGAAAAAAAGCCCAUUUGGGGCACGUCGGUAGAGACAUUCCGUAAGCUUUCUUCCAAGGAGAAGAAAAAAUUGUCCAAGGACGAAUUAAAAGCCUACAAAAAGCUGAAGCAUCGUGUAAAGAAGUUCAAAUUGGAACAAAAAGCCAUGAAAGACAAGAGUUCAUCCCAUGCAAAGUCAUCCUCUCAUGAGAAGCAUGCCAAACACAGCAAAACAAAAGAAGUCGAACCUGAGAAGGAAGUCUCUGCCGUUUCUGCUUCAGGUAACAAGGAAUACUGGUUGUCAUCUGCUCUGCAAGGUGGUAAUUCUCGUAAGGCCAAGUUUUUGAAAAUGAUGGGGAUAAAAAACGUGGAUACGACUACUGUUGUUGAGAAAAAUGACAAGAACGUUGUUGUCCGUGAAAAGCAGCUGGAACAGCAAUUUAUGAGUUCCGUCGUACAUAAGGGAACUCGAAAAGGAUUGGGUGCAUAGAAAAAUGGGAUUAUGUCUUUCAAAUUAAACACAAUGCUGGUAGUGUGCUUUCGAUGCAAGGAAAUGCGAUUGAAUUACGCAUCUUAAGUGUGGAAUUUCUUCAGCGUUAUGUACACAUAUUCAUGAAUAGUACAUUUCAUGAAACAAACGAGUAAAUCAUGCUGAAUUGCUUGAGAAGAGUAUUACCUGUUGUCUUUGUAGUUGGUAAACGGGCGAAUUAUUUCGACAGAAAGGUUGUUCUUAGAUGAU